AUGGUCCAUGCUAGAUUGUUGGAAGCAAAAUUGAUGAAGGGAAUGCAUGCUAAUUGUGCGAUGUGUUCAUCCAACCUUGAUCAAUGUGGUGAAUUCAAAAUUUGUCUUCAAUGUUUGAUGGAUCAGGAGGUUAUUCAGUUCACCAGAGCAAAGAUUAAUGAAGAUGUCGUUGUAAUUGUUCCUGUGUUUGAUCAAGAGAGGCUUCCCAAGCCUUUCGUGGUCCCUUAUCAGAGAAAUAUUGACCUAGAGCCAGUGAAGAAGAUUAAGCCCAUGGUUAUCUAUGUUCCUACUCCAUUCUUAUUUGACAGUACCAAAGCAGUGCCUUGGAACUAUGAGCCUGUAGUUUAUGUGGGUAACAAACCAGUAAUCUUGAAAGAGCCAGAUGUGACUAACAUCGCUGGAGCUAGUGGUGUGACUCGAAGUGGAAGGGUUUUCGCUCCUAAAGUGAUCCCAAACAAAGAAAGUGCACCAACAGUUGAACCAACGAAGGGAAAAGAGGUGAAUCCUCCAGAAGCAGGAGAAGGCUCAUCUAAGAAAGCAGUGACUGAUGAAGAGGAUAGAGAAUUCUUGAAGAUCAUCAAAAAGACUUAUGUGGCAGAAGACAUCAGUGUUAUUCAGUUUGAUGAUGUGGUUGCUAACCUCAAUGCCAGUAGUUGUUUGAUGUUCACUGAUGAUGAUUUACCCCCUAAUGGGCGAGAACAUAAUAUGGCGCUUCAUAUAUCCAUUCAGUGUACAGAUGUUACUCUGGCUCGAGUACUGGUAGAUACGGGUUCAUUGUUGAAUGUGUUGCCAAAAACUACCCUAGCACAAUUGAAUAUUGAAGGGGUGCAGAUGAGACCUAGUGCUUUGAUAGUGAAAGCUUUCGAUGGGUCUAAGCGAACGGUUAUUGGGGAGAUUGACUUCCCAAUCCUGUUUGGCCCUCAAAGUUUCCAUAUUACCUUCCAAGUAAUGGAUAUUAGGCCUGCCUAUAACUUAUCCGAAGAGGAAGAUAUUUUUGUCAGCCAUUUGACUUCAUUCAGAUACAUUGAAGUAGGUGAAGACAUUGUUGAAACUCCUCUCCAGGCCCUUGAAGUGGUCAACAUGGUCCAGACUAAGCCGAAGCCUGUCGAAGAACCCAAAGGGGUCAUGUCCUCGUGGAAGAGUGUGAAAGCUGCAAUUAAAGCUGGUUGCCCUGGAAGUUGGGGCACAGUGAUUGAAUUACCAGAGAAGAAAGACAAAUAUGGAUUAGGAUAUCAGUCGUCUAUUGAACUGUUCAAAGAUUAG